AUGUCCGACUCAGGCGAGCUCAAGAUUGCCAAGGCAGCCGUACGCUCGGUGAAAUUGCAGGAGUACAUUACCAAUGCAAAUGUCAUGCAAUGGACCGACAACGACUGGCUGUCUCUGCUAUGUGCUGCUCCCGUCUGUCUGGAAAUGCUGGGAUCUUGUUCGUUGGCUGCUUCGACCGAAGUGGCUAGACGGACCAAGAUCACUUUGAAACAGGGCUCUCGAUCAAAGAAGCAAUACGAAUAUUUGAACACCAACCUGACCGAAGUCACCCAUAUAGGGCAAAAGGCCUUUCAGACAGCCUCGAAAAACAUGUAUCUGAUCCAGACAUCAUCUGGUAAUGCAAAGAAACAUAUCGUCCGAAUCUUCCGCUUCCUCAGCACAACUCCCUUCAACGCUCCCUUCACCCGCAGCGAGAUGGACGCCGUCAGUAAGAUAGCCGACACGUGCGAAACUGCAGCACGGGAGAUGGAAGAUGAGUUCACCAUCUGGCAGCAGUACAUCAUGGACCUGUAUGAAGCCGUCGUUGAACAGCAGGGACACACCGAAACGCAGUUCGCGACGGCUAGCAAUGAGGCUGCAGCAAAGAAGGUCCUCCAAGAGUCACAUGAACAGACCCUAGCCGAGCACAAAACCAAGGUGGCGACGAUUGAGGGCAGAGUGACCGAGCUGUAUGACAGCUAUAAAGAUAUUCAGUCCAAGUUUCCCACGGGCGACGACCUACUCAAAGCGCAACUGACUCUCAUGGGUGCAGAAAUGCUUGGAACUUUGGUCAAAUCGCUUGGCAACGCCGUCGCGGCCAAAAUUAAUCCCAUGGGAGGGGCACAGAACAUGAUGAGUUCGUUCACUGGUGGCAAUAACAAGCCUGAUGAUGGCGAUAAAACCACCAGUUCUUCCAGCAAUAAGACCAAGACAGACAGCUCGGACGCGAAGGAGAAGAGUGCCGAGGCUGAUCUAGCCUUGAUCUAUUGCAGCAUGGUGACCAAGCCGGUCGAGGCGAUGGUCGAUAUCCUGUCCGGGCCGGACGGUGUCGUCUGGGGGUUAGUGAGUGCGCAGUCAAAGGCCGGGAAGAAGGAUGAUGACAGCAAAACGAAAGGCAAGUGGAAUGUGGAGAUGAUCAAGACGAUGCUCCAAAGGACCAAGAGCACGAUUCGGUCGUCCAAGACGGACAGAAAUACAGCCAACGCAAAGACCCUGCUCAGUGCCAUUAACAACACCCUCAAGAUCUGCAAAGAACUCGAAGCAGAGGGCAAAAAAGCCGCCAAUCUCAGCCAGAGUUGGGAAAAACCCAAGAAAGACUCGACCCAGGUCAAAGAAUGGAAAAAGUCAGCCAAAAAAGCAGUGGCUUCGGUCAGGAAGCUCAACUCGAAGAAAGAGGUCAUGACAGGAAAUCCGAUGACGGCAAUCAUGAACCCGAAAGAGAAUGCCGAAAAGGAAAGCAUCCAGGCUCGGUCGGAUCUAACCAAGCAGAUGGUCGACUCGCACGUGGCCAAAAUGAAUAGCGCCCUGGAUGUGUAUACCAAGACCCAGGACACGGCCAGACAGAUGCAGGAUACCUCUAUCCAGAUGCAAAACAAUCUGGCCAAUUUGCGGAAAGAAAUCGCCGAGUUGGAUAUUACGAAGGCGACCUUGGAAACGAUCCGUCGAGUGCUGAGUGACUGCGUUACCUUCCUAGUUGACAUGAAAGCCAACAUUGCCAAACUAGUCGCCUUCUUCCAGAAGGUCAAGGUGAUCAUCGCCACCGCUAACACUUCGCACAUCCAGAUGCUGCUCAACAACAGCAAGCUUACUGUCGGCUCUCUCGAGCAAGGGGGGUUACUUGACCACGUCACCAAACGAAUUAUCUUCGAAUACUCCUUGGACAGUAUCUGCUCGUUUGAUUUCUUUCAGGACAUCGCUGGAAUCUACCUCCAGAUCGACGAGAAAUACAUUCUCCCUGGAUUCACCCUCGUCAGCCGUCUCGGUCAGUCUACUGAUGACUCAGAUGUCGAGCAGAAGAAGGCCAACCUGGCUAGAUACGCCAGCGACGCCCAGAAGGGAAUCAUCGCAAUCAUCGAAGCGAAAGUGAAAAAGAUCGUCGCCGACAUCCAGCCACGGAUCAACCUGAUCGGACAAACGCUGAAAGAAGCCGGACUGCCUCAACUCCCCACCGAAGAAGUCCAGGCGAUGCAAGAAGGUAGCAGGGAAGGAUCCCAGAAUGUCCAAGCUAGAAUCGACAACAACAAUCUAGGAUUGAAGAUUCUGCAGCAGCCCCCCGAGGUGCGAGACAAGGCGGGUACUCUUGUAGCCCAUGCAUCCAAUCUCGAGGCGCAGUUGCAGGAUGCGAAAGUUCGAACUAAGAAGGCAGCGGACGUUGCAACGAGUAAUACCGUGGAUAAUAGCGACAGCGACAAGGAUGAUGAAGAGGAUCCAUUUGCACUGGAUGACUGA